GCGAGGGCGUCGGCCAUUUUGUGGCUGUUUCCUGUGGGACGCGGUGGUGGCGGUAGGGUCGGGAGAGUGAGCGACUCUUCGGCUAGUUUUUCCUGCUUGUUUUCUCCUCCCUUUUUUUUUUGUCGGUAGAGCGCAGUUAUGGGUCGCAAGAAGAAGAAGCAGCUGAAGCCGUGGUGCUGGUAUUGUAAUAGAGAUUUUGAUGAUGAGAAGAUCCUUAUACAGCACCAAAAAGCAAAGCAUUUUAAAUGUCAUAUAUGUCAUAAGAAAUUGUAUACAGGACCUGGCUUAGCUAUUCAUUGCAUGCAGGUGCAUAAAGAGACAAUAGAUGCAGUACCAAAUGCAAUACCUGGGAGAACAGACAUAGAGUUGGAAAUAUAUGGUAUGGAAGGUAUUCCAGAAAAAGACAUGGAUGAAAGAAGACGACUUCUUGAACAGAAAACACAAGCAGAGAGUCAAAAAAAGAAACAACAAGAGGAUUCUGAUGAAUAUGAUGAUGAUGACUCUGCAGCUUCAACUUCAUUUCAGCCACAGCCUGUUCAACCUCAACAAGGUUAUAUCCCCCCAAUGGCACAACCAGGACUACCACCAGUUCCAGGAGCACCAGGAAUGCCUCCAGGCAUACCUCCAUUAAUGCCAGGUGUUCCUCCUCUGAUGCCAGGAAUGCCACCAGUUAUGCCAGGAAUGCCACCUGGAUUGCAUCAUCAGAGAAAAUACACCCAGUCAUUUUGCGGUGAAAACAUAAUGAUGCCAAUGGGUGGGAUGAUGCCACCUGGACCGGGAAUACCACCUCUGAUGCCUGGUAUGCCACCAGGUAUGCCCCCUCCUGUUCCACGUCCUGGAAUUCCUCCAAUGACUCAAGCACAGGCUGUUUCAGCGCCAGGUAUUCUUAACAGACCACCUGCACCAACAGCAACAGUUCCAGCUCCACAGCCUCCAGUUACUAAGCCUCUUUUCCCCAGUGCAGGACAGAUGGGGACACCUGUAACAAGCUCAAGUACAGCUUCAUCCAAUUCAGAAAGUCUGUCUGCGUCUUCUAAAGCUCUGUUUCCUAGCGCAGCACAAGCUCAGGCAGCUGUCCAAGGACCUGUUGGUACAGAUUUCAAGCCCUUAAAUAGUACCCCUGCAACAACUACAGAACCCCCAAAGCCUACAUUCCCUGCAUAUACACAGUCUACAGCUUCAACCACUAGUACAACAAAUAGCACUGCAGCUAAACCAGCAGCUUCAAUAACAAGUAAGCCUGCUACACUUACGACGACCAGUGCAACCAGUAAGUUGAUCCAUCCAGAUGAGGAUAUAUCGCUGGAAGAGAGAAGAGCACAGUUACCUAAAUAUCAACGUAAUCUUCCUCGACCAGGACAGGCUCCCAUUGGUAAUCCACCUGUUGGACCAAUUGGAGGUAUGAUGCCACCACAGCCAGGCAUCCCACAGCAACAAGGAAUGAGACCCCCAAUGCCGCCUCAUGGUCAGUAUGGUGGUCAUCAUCAAGGCAUGCCAGGUUAUCUUCCUGGUGCUAUGCCGCCAUAUGGGCAGGGACCGCCAAUGGUGCCCCCUUACCAAGGUGGGCCUCCUCGACCUCCGAUGGGAAUGAGACCUCCUGUAAUGUCGCAAGGUGGCCGUUACUGAUCUUACUUCAAUCCAGUCUAAUAGGUUUGGAGAUUAAACCUUUUCUCAACUUGUGCUGUUUAUAUAGCCAAGCUUCCGUCAAUAAGGCUUCAUUGUGACUUUAACAAACAUUAUCUUCCCACAUACCAGGAACUAUUGGACAUUUAUUUUACAUGGGAAAAUUUAUUUGGAAUAAUAAAGCAGGAACUUUUCCUGAAGUUGCAAUUUAUACUGUAUGGCUUCUUUUUCAUGUUUCAUCUAGGUUUUUAGAAGUGAAGUAUAGUAAAUUUGGUUCGUUAUAUUGUGAAGGCGCUGGAAUUACAUGAACAUACCACCCUAAUAAAGGCAAGUUCUGUAAGCUUACGUUGCUAUUUGUAAAGUUAUGCCUUCACAGCAUUUCAGAUGCUGUUGGACUUCAUGUCCCCAACCUAGCUUGGUGAGGGCUGUAACUGUCUUCAAGUACCUGUACAUUGGAAGUCUGAAUGUGUAACAAUAUUUAAUGUAUUUAGAGUUCCUCAUGUUUCAGGGUUUAAGAAAUCUGACCCACCAAGGUCAUGUGACUUUUCUGUACUGUUAAACUUCAUUGUAAUAAAAGAGAGAAAAAUUUA